CAACCCACGCAAACUGCACCAAGCCUGUGUUUCCUCGGGGAGCUGCGCGCGAAACGACCCAUUGCAGCCGAUAGAAAACGAAAUCCUCCUCAAGCAAUCGAAAUCAUGGACUUUCUCAAGUCUGCUGUGGCCUCGGCUAUGGCUUCGGGCCCGCCCUUCCCGUACAGUUUUGGCGAUCAGGUCGACGUGGACGAAUCUAUUUGGACGCUUUAUAAUGGCACAAGAAGAGAGGACGGCUCAAACUGCAGCAUCUUCUCGUUCGACGUAGCCGCAAACCGCGGUGGAAAGCUACCCCUCGCUCGCAAUGCUCUCAAGAAAAUGCGCACCCUUCGACACCCCGGCGCCAUCAAAAUCCUGGAUACAGUAGAGACCGAAACCUACAUCUAUGUGGCGACCGAACGAGUUGUGCCUCUUCGAUGGCACGUUCGCCGACAGAGCCUCACUCCUGAAACGAUUAAAUGGGGUCUGAAUAGCAUUGCUAGGACUAUCAAAUUUAUCAAUAGCGACGCCUCGUCUAUCCACGGAAGUAUCAAGGUCGGAUCUAUUUAUACGUCUGAAAGCGGAGAAUGGAAGCUCGGCGGUUUCGAUGUUCUCAGCAGCGUCAAAGAUGAUGAAUCAAUAAUCUACACAUACGGCAGCUUAGUGCCUGAUUCGGCCCGGUACUCGCCGCCAGAGGUCCUUCAGGGCGGCUGGGAAGUGGUUAAGAAGAACCCGCAUACAGCAGUGGACGCAUUCAACCUUGGUACUCUGAUAUUUGAAGUAUUCAACGGCGACUACACCGGCAGAGAUCAGGCUGGCCAAACUAAGAAUAUUCCUCCAUCGAUGCAAGCCAGCUACAAGCGAUUAUGCAACGCCAAUCCCAAAGCUAGAAUUACUGUCUCUGCUUUCCUUGACCAAGGAAACAGAACCGGCGCAUUCUUCGAUACCCCCUUAAUCAAGUUAACGGAAGGCAUUGAUAAUCUUGGUAUUAAAACUGACGGAGAAAGAGAACAAUUCCUAGAAGGCCUCGAUCAAGUCAGCGACGAUUUCCCCGAGGAAUUCUUCAAGAUGAAGGUCUUGCCUGAGCUUAUGAAAUCUGUGGAAUUCGGCGGCGGUGGUCCUAAGGCAAUUGGCGUGACAUUAAAAAUCGCCUCCAAGUUGCCUAGCGAUGAUUUCGAGUCAAGGAUGAUCCCGUUCAUUGUCAGGGCGUUUGGCAACCCUGAUCGUGCUAUCCGUGUGGCCUUGCUGGAUAGCCUGCCAAAUAUGAUUGAUCGCCUACCACAAAAGAUUGUCAAUGACAAGAUCUUUCCCCAGCUGGUAACUGGAUUUACAGAUAUGGCCCCCAUUGUCCGAGAACAGACCCUGAAAUCUGUUCUUACUAUUGUUACGAAGCUGUCAGACCGAACAAUCAAUGGUGAACUGCUAAAGCACCUUGCAAAGACCGCCAACGACGAACAGCCUGGAAUUAGAACAAAUACGACCAUCUGUCUAGGAAAGAUUGCAAAGCAUCUAGGAACAUCAUCGCGAGCUAAGGUGCUCAUUGCUGCCUUUUCUAGAUCCCUACGGGACCCUUUCGUUCACGCCAGAAAUGCAGCUCUCAUGGCCCUGGCAGCUACUACCGAAUACUUUACCGAGGAGGACUGCGCAGCUCGUAUCAUUCCCGCCAUCUCUCCCCUCCUUAUUGAUAAGGAGAAGAUGAUUCGUGACCAAGCAAGUCGUUCAGUGGAUGCAUAUCUUCAAAAGAUUCGAAAAGCAGCAGCGUCGAUGCCGGACACAGCUUUGCCUCCACCUACUGGCGAAGACGCUCCCGCAGCCCGCAUGGGUACACCUCAACCAAGCGGCGGAGGUCAAGGCUGGACCGGAUGGGCCAUUUCGUCAUUUACAAACAAAAUCUCUAGCGCAGCCGGCGAGAUGCAACCUGCGGCAGCCGCCGCGGCCACUUCGCCUGCCAUGUCUCCUUCACCUGCGAUGGAACCAAGGAAGUCGACUGCCGGAACAGCAUCGCCGAUGCAUCGCCAAGUCCUGAAAUCGCCAAACCCGGAGGCAUCCAACGUCAGCUCUCCAAGCGCAAGCGCUGUAGCCGACGCGUUCUGGCAAGAUGACAAUGCCGAUAAUGGUGAUGAUUACUGGGGCGAUCUGAAUGAAGAUGACGACGGCUUUGGCGAGACAUCUCAAGAGAAGUCUGUUUCGGCAGCCGCGCCGAAAGCCACGGCUUCAGCCACACCUUUCGAUGACAGCGAACCCGAUUUUGCUGGAUGGUUGGCAGCGCAAAGCCAGAAAAAGAGCGGACUUGCCAAAACGCUGCCCAAGGGCCUGUCAAAACCAACGACCGCAAAGAAGCCUGUAGUAAAGCCUGUCUCUAAACCCGCCGCAAAAGCAGCACCAGCAAAGAAGAUUGACUUGGCACCUAAAGCUGCGGCAGAAGACGAGGAUGACGCUUGGGGUGAUGGAUGGUAGAUUCUCAAAGUGUGUCUUCAUAGGCGCCGAUGCUUGCAGGAUCAAGCACUCUUGGAUAGAUACCCUUCUAAAUUAACACAAACCUUCUCUUACAGACUCAUAAUGCCGUG